GCGUUCGCAAACCCAAAUUAUGGCUUUUGAAACGUUGUGUUUAAAAUACUUAAUUAACAAUAGGCUCACAUCGACCCAUGUUUACCCAUGUUAAAUGAAUGCGAAUGGCCGCCACAGUUAAAACAAAUCAGACGCUCGAGAACGCGGGACGUUGCGUCGUUUUGUGUUAAAAACUUAUUUACAAUUAAUUUUGUUAAAAGGUGUAUUAUAUUUUAUAUCUAGUGCCAUUUUGUACACAGAUGUGUGGCGUCUAGUCAUGGUUUAGUCAUACAAAAGUAAAUUAAAUCCAUAUAAAAUGAUGUUUUCUAAACUCAACAUUGUAAGCACACUCAGCAGUGGUUUUGUUUGGAUAUUAUACUAUUUUAUGAUAAACAAUGCAUUUAUCUCGAUUGGUGCCGUAGACAAUAAUAAUUUAAUUCCAUGGGGUGAAAAACAACUAAUUCCCCCGGACAAGAUCCCGUACAUAGCCCUGAGUCCACAGAGGGCCACGGUCCGGCGGAAAAUCGUUCUCUACCACAACUUCUUCAGGACUAAAGUGCGGCCCAGCGCCUCCAAUAUGCUCCUUAUGUCAUGGAGUCCCGUGGCGGCGGCGCAGGCGCAGCGCUACGCGGAGAAGUGCGUGUUCCUGCAGCACAACGACCCGCGCGAGAACACCGUGCCGCCGCUCGGCGCCUGCGGGCAGAACCUCUUCGUGGCCGCGCAGAAGACUCCUUGGUUCUUCGGCAUCAAGACGUGGUUCCUAGAGUACCGCAACUUCACGUACGGAGCGCCGAUAGCCAACCUGAGCGUGGUGGGCCACUACACGCAGAUGUCCUGGGCCACGAGCCACAAGGUGGGCUGCGGCGUCGCCUACUGCCCCGGCGGGCCGUGGGGACAGUUCUUCAACUAUGUCUGCCAUUAUUGUCCCGGAGGAAACCUGGACACCCUAACCCAGUACCCGUACAAAGUGGGCAAACCCUGCGCGGACUGCCCCGACCACUGCCUCUCCGGCUCUCUCUGCACCAACCCUUGCUUCAAGAAGGACAUGUACAGCAACUGUGCCGAGCUGGUCACCACUCCUGGGGUCGACGUGUGUAAACUCGGCUACUGCAAUGCUACGUGCGGCUGUGGUGAUAAGGUGCAUAAGAAUUUCCCUUGGAAGUAGACAUACAUACUUAGAUAUAUUUGUUGUUGGAAGUAGAGUAGAAGAGGCGCGCUGGAAUGGUCGGUUUAGAUUGAAUGGUCUUAUGCAAAGUGUGAGCAUUAUAAAAGAUACUUAAUUGUUUAUUAUUGUUGUGGCUUUAGUAAGUAUAUGAUUCAAAAUAUUACAAGUACUUUGGUAAUCUUUAUGAAGCCAUUUAGAGAGCUGCGGUUUAUUAUUAUAAAUAUUAUGAUAAAUAAAUACUUACUUAAGUAAAAGUAAUAUCAUGGUUUCGGUAAUAGUUAAACCGCCUGUACUUCAGUAGCUAACAACCGCAAAAAGAUUUAGAUCGUGUUGUGGGUACCUAUCCCUGGAAUGUUCUAUUCCCAUACAAAGCCAUAUAUAUUAUGUUCAAUUAGUUGGAUGUAGAGCUAUGUCUAUUAUUAUAAGUACUUAUCUAUAAUUACUAUUGUAGGUAUUUAAUUAUUUUUUUACUUUAUAAUAAAGUAUGGUUAAGUUCCUUUGUAAUAUAACUUAAGAAGGUAUUAAAAGUAAAACAUAGUCAUAUUAUUUCCGCUGUAAACGGGGUGCUUGUAGUAUUUACGAAUUAGAUAUUAUUAAACGAAUACUUUUUACCAUUUAA